ACAGCCGUGCUUGACAACAACAACAACAACAACAACGUUCCUCUUUCUAGCUAUUUCCACAAAACCAACCUUUCACAGACGUAAACAUUUUCUAGUAACGUUAGUUCUGUGGCAACAAAAACAAACUGUGUUCAUAUUUCCAGACUCAGUUACUGACAAGACUGUGCUGCACGCAUUUUCAAGAAAGGAGUGCUGUGUUUUUGAAGAGGGGAAAGAAAGAAGGAGAGUGAACGAAACCGAGGAGAGAGAGGGAAGAUAGAUAGAGGUAGAGAGAAAGAGAGAGAGGGUAGAGAGAAAGAGGUAGAGAGAUAGACAGUGAUAGAGAGAAAGGGAGAGAGAGCAAGCUAGAGAGGUAGAGAUAUAGAGGUAGAGAGAAAGAGAGAGAGAGGAGGAUUGGAGAGUCUAACAGAAGAUAUCCACACAGCAACGGGAGUGGACCGAGGCCCGACCAGGUGUAAACAUCCCGCUACUGGACGGAGGGCGACGGCAGAGCCAUGGCGAAUAUAGCGGUCCAAAGGAUCAAACGGGAGUUCAAAGAAGUUCUGAAAAGCGAAGAGACGAGUAAAAACCAGAUCAAGGUGGAUCUGGUAGAUGAAAACUUCACAGAGCUGCGAGGAGAGAUCGCAGGACCACCAGACACGCCGUACGAAGGUGGCAGAUUUCAACUGGAAAUCAAAAUCCCAGAAACGUAUCCCUUUAAUCCUCCCAAGGUGAGGUUCAUCACUAAGAUCUGGCACCCCAACAUCAGCUCAGUAACAGGAGCCAUCUGUCUGGACAUCCUCAAAGACCAGUGGGCAGCAGCGAUGACUCUGAGGACAGUACUGUUGUCCCUCCAGGCUCUUCUGGCUGCAGCUGAACCAGACGACCCCCAGGAUGCAGUAGUGGCCAAUCAGUAUAAGCAGAACCCAGAGAUGUUUACGCAGACAGCCAGGUUAUGGGGCCAUUACUACGGUGGAGCCCCUGUUCCCGGUCCAGAAUACACACGGAAGAUAGACAAACUCACUGCCAUGGGCUUCGAAAAGAAUGCUGUAAUCGCUGCCUUGUCUUCUAAAUCCUGGGAGGUGGAGACGGCGACAGAACUACUCCUUAACAACUGAGACCCGGCAAUAAAACCCCCUCUGACCUCAUCUCCCAUCUCCUUAUGGUGCCCUCCGAUGCCUUCUAACCACAGCCCAAACUGAGCCUUGACUGGGGUUGAUGUCCUACAGUUUUCAGCCCCCCCCCCCCCCGUCCAAGUCACUUCCUGGUAUCCUUUCAGCCCAAACACCCCCCCCCCCCCCCCCCUCCACCAAUCCCUUUCUUUUGGUUCUUCGCUUGAUGAACUCUUACUUUCCGUCUUUUAAGAAGCCUGACAUUGAACCACUGUCACCUGGUGGAGCUAACUGGCUGAGAGAGACGGGAGGAAGAGGAUUUAUCUGUAAAUGAAUAUUAGUUCUUAUCAAAAUACACGGCGGAAUACUUUAUUCUUCCUGGAUAUUGUUUAAAAAAAUUAUUAAAAUAAAAACGUACACUGUGCUUCAGUUUUACUCACGACUAGAAGGAAAUAAAUUGCCUAGCUAACUAUUUUGGUCGGCCCGACCAGGGAGUUCGUCCGAAUGUUCCGGUGAAGUGACGCCUGCGUCCCCCCCCCCCCCCCCCAAAUCCCUCUCACGCUCCUCUUUCCCAGACGAAUCCUGUGUACAGUCUCUUUCUCGACGAAGAAGAAGAUACCUCUUCAUCAGCAGAGAAAACCACCGCUGGAUCUAUAUUUUAUAAAAACCAAGACUCUUCCCUCUUUUCGCUUCCUGUUCCACUUCAGCACGACGACGACGGAGAAGAUACAGGACUGUCUUCCUGUUCCACUUCAGCACGACGACGACGGAGAAGAUACAGGACUGUCUUCCUGUUCCACUUCAGCACGACGACGACGGAGAAGAUACAGGACUGUCUUCCUGUUCCACUUCAGCACGACGACGACGGAGAAGAUAAAGAACUGCACGGCAGAGUAGAGACCACCCACUCCCCCCCCCCCCCAUAAGGCUCUGGCCAAAAGUAGUGCACUGUAUAGGAGAUAGGCUGCCAUUUUGUUUUGUUUUUAACUCCGGGAGUUUAUCAGUUUGGAUUUGUUUUCUGAAGGAAACAGCAGCCGUCAGACCUGGGUUCAGAAGCUAUUUGAAAUCUUUCAGCUUUAGUCUGCCAGCCAGAUGGGAGGGGUUUGGAGUAUUCUAUUGGCUCGUGAAGCCAACUCAAUCUAGCACAGAAAAAGGGGUUUGAAAUGAUAUCGAGGUAUUUGAACCCGGCCGGCGUACAAUCGCAUUAUUAUUUAUUGUGAGACUGUCAACAUUUACUUUUAUUAAAGAAACAACCUGGAAAAUCUA